UCUCCACCUGGUCACCACACCACGCUCCUUCUCUCGUUAGGCAGUGAGGGUGCAGGACACACCAUCAUCUUACGGCACGGACUCAAAUCAAACCGAAGAUGUCAGCUCAGAUCAUAAGCGGGAAAGAUGUGUCAGCGCAGGUGAGGGAGUGUCUGAAGAAGGAUGUGGAGCAGAUGAAACUUAAGGAUCCCAACUUCAGACCUGGUCUUGUGGUUUUACAGGUUGGAGAUCGCGAUGACUCAAAUCUGUACAUCAGCAUGAAGCUGAAAGCAGCAGCAGAGAUUGGAAUAAAUGCAACACAUAUGAGACUCCCCAAGACUGCAACAGAAGAGGAGGUUCUUCACAGUAUCAGAGAGGUGAACGAGAACUCGACUAUCCACGGCCUCAUCGUGCAGCUGCCCUUGGACUCAAUCCACAAGAUCGACACAGAGAAGGUCACGAACGCUGUGGCCCCAGAGAAGGACGUAGACGGGCUGACCAGCAUAAAUGCAGGGAAGCUGUCUCGUGGGGACCUGGGCGAUUGCUUCAUCCCCUGCACGCCCAACGGCUGCAUGGAGCUGAUCAGGCAAACCGGUGUGUCUGUGGCCGGUAAGAGGGCGGUCGUGAUUGGUCGCAGUAAGAUCGUUGGUGCACCGAUGCAUGACCUGUUGCUGUGGAGCCACGCCACCGUCACCACCUGCCACUCUAAAACCGCUGAUCUUGCCGGAGAGGUGGGUAAAGCCGACAUCCUGGUCGUCGGGAUUGGAAAGGCAGAGAUGGUGAAAGGAGAGUGGAUCAAGAAGGGAGCGGUGGUCAUUGAUUGCGGCAUCAAUCACAUUCCAGACGAGACUAAAGCCAGCGGGAAGCGGGUGGUGGGCGACGUCCACUACGCCUCGGCCAAAGAGCAGGCUGGUUUCAUCACCCCUGUUCCCGGUGGUGUGGGACCCAUGACUGUGGCCAUGCUGAUGGCGAACACAGUGCUGAGUGCAAAGCGUUUCCUGGAAAACUAUCAGCCAGGAAAGUGGGACAUCUCUUACACCAAACUCAACCUCCAGAAGCCGGUGCCAAGCGACAUUGUGAUUUCUCGCUCCUGCGUCCCCAAAUCCAUCGACCGUCUGGCCAAGGAGGUCGGCCUGUUCUCUGAUGAGGUGGAGCUGUACGGAAAGACUAAGGCCAAAGUCCAGCUGAACAUUAUCAAACGGCUGCAGUCCCAACCAGACGGCAAAUAUGUGGUCGUCACAGGGAUUACACCCACUCCCCUGGGCGAGGGUAAGAGCACCACCACCAUCGGCCUGGUUCAGGCCCUGGGAGCCCACAUGAAGCUCAACGUGUUCGCCUGCGUCCGGCAGCCUUCUCAGGGACCAACGUUUGGCAUUAAAGGUGGUGCUGCAGGAGGCGGAUAUUCUCAAGUCAUUCCAAUGGAAGAGUUUAACCUUCAUCUUACUGGAGACAUUCACGCCAUCACUGCCGCCAACAACUUGGUGGCUGCUGCUGUAGAUGCCCGCAUGUUCCAUGAGUCCACACAAUCAGACAAGGCUCUGUAUAACCGCUUGGUCCCUCUCAGUGGAGGACAGAGGAAGUUCUCUCCCAUCCAGAUCAACAGACUCAAAAAACUGGGCAUUGAGAAGACGGAUCCUUCCGCUCUCACUGAAGAAGAGAUCACCCGCUUCGCCCGCUUGGACAUUGACAAAAGCUCUGUGACCUGGCAGAGAGUGUUGGAUACCAACGAUCGAUUCCUGAGGAAGAUCACGAUCGGCCAGGCGCCAACUGAAAAGGGAUACACAAGAGAGGCUCAGUUUGACAUCACCGUGGCCAGUGAAAUCAUGGCGGUGCUCGCCCUCACCAGCAGCCUGGAGGACAUGCGACAGCGUCUGGCCAAGAUGGUUGUAGCCACCAGCAGCAGCGGACAGCCCAUCACCACCGAGGACCUGGGUGUCAGUGGAGCUCUGGCUGUGCUCAUGAAAGACGCCAUCAAGCCAAACCUGAUGCAGACGUUGGAGGGAACCCCUGUGUUUGUCCAUGCCGGCCCCUUCGCCAACAUCGCCCAUGGAAACUCCUCCAUCCUGGCUGAUAAGAUCGCUCUGAAGCUGGUUGGACCCGACGGCUUUGUAGUGACAGAGGCUGGUUUUGGUGCUGACAUUGGCAUGGAGAAGUUCUUCAAUAUCAAGUGCCGCUACUCAGGACUGAGGCCUCACGUGGUGGUGCUGGUGGCUACUGUUCGAGCCCUGAAGAUGCACGGAGGAGGACCAACGGUCACUGCUGGGAUGCCGCUGCCUAAAGAAUACGUGGAGGAGAACCUUGAACUGCUGAGGAACGGCUGCAGCAACAUGAGGAAGCAGAUAGAAAACGCGAAGCACUUUGGCGUGCCUGUGGUGGUGGCUGUCAACGCUUUCAAGACAGACUCUGAGGCUGAGCUGGACUUGGUCUGCAGCAUGGCCAAAGAUGGUGGCGCCUUCGAUGCUGUCCGAUGCUCCCACUGGGCCGAUGGCGGAGCUGGUGCUGUGGCUCUUGGUCAGGCUGUCCAGAGAGCCAGUGACGCUCCCAACAGCUUCAAAUUCCUCUACAAUCUAGAGCUCCCUAUUGCCGAUAAGAUUCGCAUAAUCGCUCAGAAGAUCUACGGAGCGGAUGACAUCGAGCUCCUCCCAGAGGCCCAACACAAGGUGGAGCUCUACACCAAACAGGGUUUUGGCAACCUUCCGAUAUGCAUGGCAAAGACCCACCUGUCGCUCUCUCACGAAGCAGACAAGAAGGGCGUUCCCACCGGGUUCGUCCUGCCAAUCAGAGACAUCCGAGCCAGUGUGGGCGCUGGCUUCCUGUACCCGCUGGUUGGCACGAUGCCAACGAUCCCCGGCCUGCCCACCCGGCCUUGUUUCUAUGAUAUUGACCUGGACCCUGAGACAGAGCAGGUCAACGGGCUUUUCUAAAGAGGAACAAAAACAAGGUGGCAGCGCUGUGUGAUGGUGAGGAAGACGUCGUCCAUCACGCCCCACUGAGCUGAUAAUAACUGGACGUGAAUCGAGCUCAUCUGCCGGUGCUGUCUUUGUUUGUUGUUUUGACAUCUGUAAAUAAUCGAUUGGCUUUUCCCAGAAGGCUGAUAAUGAGUAAAUCAUGUAUGACUUUCUGCGAGAGAGAAGUGCCCUGCUGACACAUUCUUCCAUUCCAUUGCUGAAUUUACACAUUUUUACUUCUCCAAACCCCCAAAACUGACAAACACAGUUAACGGAGUCGUGUAUUAACUGCUUGUGUAUAUUUUGUGAACACUACACCAGAAGAAUGUCUUUCGUUUCACUGUAACCAGAAUCAGAUAUUACUGUCUGUCUAAAUACGUCUUAAUGUGAAAAUAAUGCUGCCUAACUACGUCUUUUUUAUAUAAUUUUUUAAGCGAUCUCGUCUAAUUGCCUUUUUCUAAUGUCCCCUUUUGCCCGACCUGCUUUUAAACUGUCUACUUCUGAUGCUGUCUAACAUCACUGAAAGAAAUCAGCAUUGCUGUAAAGCUGAGCUGUCACGAUGUGGUUUCAACUUAUCUGUCAGAACAGUUCAAUUAAAGGCUUUUCAAUGGAAUGCU